UUUCUCUAAAAGGGAAGAAGAGGACCUCGGGACUUUACCUAGUCGCCAUUUUCUCACCUCGGGUGCAAAAAGAAACCAAAGUGCACCUCACCGGCGUCCGCCACCCCCCUCACUAGGGACCCCCGCAACCCGAACGGAUCAGCACCGUGCAGCCACCGUUAGCCCCGGAUGAUGUCUGCAGACAUGGAGGCGGAUCAGGACCAGGUGAACGGGAACGGCACCGAGGAGCCCAUGGAAACAUCAGCUGCAGUGACCCGAUCAGAACAUUUCCAGGCUCUGUUGGACGCUGGUUUGUCUCAGAGCGUCGCUGAGAAACUAGAUGAUCUAUAUAUAGCAGGCCUGGUGGCUCACAGCGACCUCGAUGAAAGGGCCCUUGAAGCUUUGAAGGAGUUUAAUGAAGAUGGGGCCCUGCAGGUGCUGGUCCAGUUCAAGGAAAGUGAUCUGUCCCACGUUCAGAAUAAAAGUGCCUUCCUCUGUGGGGUGAUGAAGACCUACAGGCAGCGAGAGAAGCAGGGGACCAAGGUGUCUCCUGCCACUAAAGGACCUGACGAGGCCAAGAUCAAAGAGCUGCUGGAAAGAACCACCUACACUCUGGACGUAACAACGGGUCAGCGGAAGUACGGCGGCCCGCCGCCGGAGUCCGUGUACUCAGGACCGCAGCCCCCCGUGGGCACUGAGAUUUUUGUCGGGAAGAUCCCGCGGGACUUGUUCGAAGACGAGCUGGUUCCUCUCUUUGAGAAAGCCGGGCCGAUCUGGGACCUGCGCCUGAUGAUGGAUCCUCUGAGCAGCCUGAACCGGGGCUACGCCUUCGUCACGUUCUGCGCCAAGGACUCCGCCCAGGAGGCGGUGAAGCUGUGCAACAACUAUGAGAUCCGGCCCGGCAAACACAUCGGCGUGUGCAUCUCUGUGGCCAACAACAGGCUGUUUGUCGGUUCAAUUCCCAAGAGUAAAACCAAGGAGCAGAUAGUGGAAGAGUUUUCUAAAGUCACAGAGGGGCUCAGUGAUGUCAUACUGUACCACCAACCCGACGACAAGAAGAAAAACCGAGGCUUCUGCUUCCUGGAAUACGAAGACCACAAAACCGCUGCUCAGGCGCGUCGCCGGCUGAUGAGCGGCAAGGUCAAGGUCUGGAGCAACCUGGUGACGGUGGAGUGGGCCGACCCCAUCGAGGACCCCGACCCAGAGGUCAUGGCCAAGGUGAAGGUCCUAUUCGUGAGGAACCUGGCCAACGGCGUCACAGAGGAGAUCCUGGAGAAGUCCUUCAGCCAGUUUGGGAAGCUGGAGCGAGUGAAGAAGCUGAAAGACUACGCCUUCAUCCACUUUGAGGAGCGUGACGGAGCGGUGAAGGCUCUGGAGGAGAUGAACGGCCGGCAGCUGGAGGGGGAGCCCAUAGAAAUCGUUUUCGCCAAACCGCCCGACCAGAAGCGGAAGGAGCGGAAAGCCCAGCGACAAGCAGCCAAGUCUCAGAUGUAUGAUGAUUAUUACUACUACCCUCCUCCUCACGUGGCUCCUCCCACCAGGGGGCGGGGCCGAGGGGGCAACCGGGGCGGCUACGGUUACCCUCAGGAUUACUACAGCUACGACGACUACUACGAUUACUAUGGCUACGACUACCACAACUACCGUGGCGGCUACGACGACCCCUACUACGGCUACGACGACUUCCAGACCCCGGGGCGGGGGCGGGGCGCCAGCCGGGGGCCCAGGGGCGGAGCCUCCCCGGUGAGGGGCCGCGGCGGGGCCGGCGCACCCAGAGGCAGAGCCAGCUUCUCGCAGCGCGGCGGUGGCGGCGGCGUGCCCGGAUUGGGCCGUGGAGGACGCGGAUCAAGAGGAGGCGUGCCGCCGAGAGGGCGAGGAGGGCAGGAGAAAGGCGUGGAGGCCGCCGCCGACGUGUUGCUAUGAGGACCGGCCCGGCCCCGCCCGCUGGAGGAAACGGUAAGGUCAGCUGACUGCGCGGUCCGAUGGGGAUCCGGCCUCGCCGAGGAGCAGACGGAGGGACACUCGGAUCCACCUGAGCCCGGAUUCUUCUGGAUGAAUCUGUUUCUGUUUGGAGCCUUGAACUCUGUUCUGUUCUGGAGUUGGACUCGGAUCAUCAGAACCCGGCGCCGGAGGCGGGACCUUCCAGCAGAGCGGGUUUAACUACCUCAGUGUGGAGGGAGGGAGGGAGGGAGGCGGGAUCUAGGCUGCUGCUCCUCUCUAACCGGGCCUCAACAGAACCUUGAACAGAAGAGCUGCUAAAAUGACCCUCAGUCUUCCGCUCCAGAACCGACUGGGUCGUCUGGUUCUGAGCGCCCAGAACCAAGCAGAACCUGGCGGUUCGUCAGAGUGAUGGAAGCUGACGCUUCCUAAAAACUCAGGACGCCACUUUUCUUUCCCUUCAUCUGUGUUGAAUGAAACGGGUCGGUACUGGACCGGACCGUCGUUCUGCUGCCGUGGGCCCGGUGCUACAAGUCCAAUAAUGUUUGAUUCUGAGGGCGGUUCCUCCUGAUGAUCCAAUCUGGGUCCCGCUCGGGUUCUGCUGACCCCCAGCAGGUUAGCAGAACCUUUGGAAGAACUCUGGGUCGAAGCAGAACCUUAAAGUUCUGUUUGGACCAGAACUCAGAGCCUGACGCUGAUGUGGUCUGAACCUCCUGGAACCAGUUCUGACCCGGUUGAGUUCUGGAUCAGCCGAGCCAAACAGAACUGGAUCACAGGUGGGAACCGGAGCUGGAACCGCCCUGAUGGAAGGUUAACAGUUCUCCACACCCCCCCAGUUCCUCACUGGGUUCUGAUUAGGCCCGGUUCGCACGCUGAGGUUCUGGUGGGUGUGAACAGACGGAGCCUGAUGAUCCAGCAGAACCUCGAUUCCCAUCAGAACCUCAUCUGUUUAAACCCAGUAGCCUCAGGUUCUGGUUCUGCUCUGAUGUUCUGUGUUCCACCAGCAGACCUCCCAGCAUGCCUGACAGAACCACAGCCUGGGAUCUGGACUCUGUUCUGGACCCGGUUCUGGACCCGAGUCCAGAUCCGACGCUAACGGCCUCAGAAACGUUCUGCUUUGGGAAUAUCUGAUCCGUAAAAGGUCCGCCGCAGCGGUCCUGGCUCCGUUGGCUCGGAUUAAGGAGCCGUCUGUGAGGCGCUGAAAGGCAUUCUGGGAGUUGUAGUAGAACACAGCAUGUUAGCUUCUCCUUUAAGUGCUUUAAAACAGGAAGCUGUUGCUGGAUCUGCUCUGAGCUCCUGCAGAGGAAAUGUUUUAUACUGUACAGCCGCCUAAACCUAAACUUAUUUUUCUAAUAAACUCGUUAACCUUCAA